AGGGCAAUUCCUGCGCUCUGUGGCCCGGCCCUCUUGUGCUGUGCUUCCGGUUCUAGUCGUCCCGCCUCUUCCUCUCCGGUGACGCUCUGUGGUUUUCUCCGCCUCGUGGAGAAGACUUCCGGCGGGAGAGGGGACGGAGGCUAUUGUGUAAAGAUCUAGAAAACCUUUUAUGGGUCUCACUAAGCAAUAUCUGCGCUAUACUAGCACUGCCCUUUUUGGAGUUGUUGCUAGCCAAAAAGGCAAUAUUGUCUAUGUGAGUCUACGAGGUGAAAAGGGCCGCUAUGUGGCAGUGCCAGCCUGUGAACAUGUCUUCAUUUGGGAUACAAGGACAGGAGACAAGGUUUUGGCACUUCAAGGUCGUAAGAAGGAGGUUACUGCUCUUUGCCCUUCUCCAGAUAAUCUGCAUUUGGCUGUUGGAUAUGAGGAUGGCUCAAUUAGUAUAUUCAGCCUCGUAAGUGGGGAAGAAAACAUCACAUUCAACGGUCACAAAGCCACAGUUACUUCCCUGAGAUAUGAUGACCUGGGUGGAAAGCUAGCUUCAGGAUCAAAGGACACAGACGUCAUUGUUUGGGAUGUGAUCAAUGAGAGUGGUUUGUACCGUCUGAAGGGUCAUAAGGAUGCCAUCACACAGCUGCUUUUCUUUAAGGAAAAGAAUAUUCUGAUAUCCAGUGGAAAAGACACUUUGGUAAAAUGGUGGGAUCUGGAUACUCAGCAUUGCUUCAAAACAUUGGUUGGGCACCGAAGUGAGGUGUGGGGGUUGGCUUUGGUUUCUCAAGAUAGUCUUCUUUUUACUGGUUCUUCUGACAGUGAACUGAGGUGCUGGAACAUCAGCUUUUCCCAGGAAGAUCAAGAUCCAAGUGAGCCUUUAUAUAAAAGAAGCAAAGAGUCUGCAGAGAGGAUGAAAGACCUCACUGAAGAGGAUAAGACAGUAGAUAACGAUGAGAUCCUGGAACAGGACAUUCUAAGUUGCAGCAAAGUUGGUUCCAUCAUGCGUGAAGGAAGGGACAGAGUUGUUAGUCUUGCCACAGACCAGACAAAGAGGAUUCUUGCUUGUCAUGGAACAGAUUCUACUUUGGAAAUAUUCUAUGUCCUUAGCAAGGAAGAGAUUGACAAGAAAAUAGAGAAGAAGAUGAAGAAAGCAAGAAAAAAGGCCAAACAAGCAUCAAAACUGGAAGAGGAGCAGCUUGAUGCAAGUAUAGAGUGUGGUCUUCAAGAAAAGAUUCAGCGUCUCAUUAACAUCAAAGCCUCUUCUAAAAUCAAAUCUUUUGACUUGAUACUCAGUCGAAAAGGAGAGCUGAAAGCCACUGUAAUGCUCCAGAACAACAUGAUUGAAUCCUACACCUUGGAUCCGUCAGUACAGACAGCCAGAGUUGUGCAGAUGUCCAAGAUAUCUAUUGGAGGUCACCGCAGUGACGUCAGAACACUGGCAUUUAGCUCUGACAACAUUGCAGUUCUUUCUGCAGCUGCUGAAUCGGUUAAGAUAUGGAAUAGGGCUACCUUGCAGUGCAUACGGACCAUGGUGUGUGAAUAUGCACUUUGCUCACUCUUUGUCCCAGGAGACCGACAGGUUAUUGUAGGAACCAAGACUGGGAAGCUACAGAUGUUUGAUUUGGCUUCUGGGAAUAUAUUGGAGAGCAUUGAUGCCCAUGAUGGGGCGCUCUGGUCCAUAGUUCUUUCGCCAGAUCAGUGUGGUUUCGCAACAGGAGGUGCAGAUAAAUGUGUCAAGUUCUGGGAAUUUCAGCUGGUGAAAGAUGAGAACAGUAUCCAAAACAGGCUCUCUGUGAAGCAAACACGUGUCUUGCAGCUGGAUGAAGACGUUCUCUGUAUCCGGUACAGCCCUAGCCAAAAACUGCUAGCUGUUGCCUUACUAGAUUGCACAGUGAAAAUAUUCUACACUGAUUCACUCAAGUUUUUUCUCUCUCUGUAUGGGCACAAGUUGCCAGUACUGUGCAUGGACAUCUCUCAUGAUGGGACAUUAAUUGCAACUGGUUCUGCUGACAGGAAUGUGAAAAUUUGGGGGUUGGACUUUGGGGAUUGUCAUAGAUCCCUUUUUGCUCACGAUGACAGUGUUAUGUAUCUCCAGUUUGUACCCAAGUCCCACCUCUUCUUUACGGCAGGGAAAGAUCAUAAGAUAAAGCAAUGGGAUGCAGAUAACUUUGAGCAUAUCCAGACCUUGGAGGGACACCAUCAGGAAGUCUGGUGUCUGGCACUGAGUCCCAAUGGUGACUAUCUUGUGUCUUCCUCUCAUGACAAAUCAUUGCGUCUCUGGGAGAGAACAAGGGAACCACUUAUUCUGGACGAGGAGAGAGAGAUGGAAAGAGAACUGGAGUAUGAAGACAAUGUAGCCAAGGAAAACCAGCCGGUGAUUGCUGGAGAUGCUCAAGGAGAGACUGGAUUAGCAGGAAGAAAAAACAUUGAGACUAUCAAGGCAGCUGAACAGAUUAUGGAAGCCAUUGAACUAUACAAAGAGGAGACUGUCAAGCUGGAAGAACAUAAAGCUAUCUGCAGAGCUGCUGGAAAGGAGGUUCCUCUUGCAGUAAAUCCUGUUCUCCGGGCUUAUGAUAACAUUUCACCUUCUGGUUAUGUACUAGAAGUUCUGAAGAAGGUGAGGUCCAGUGAAUUGGAAGAAGCUCUAUUGGUGCUGCCAUUUUCAUAUGUAUUUGACCUGCUUGUGCUCUUCGAUCAGUAUCUUCAGUUGGGUUCAGAUGUAGAGCUGCUUUGUCGGAUUCUUCUGUUUUUGCUCAGGAUACAUUUUGGACAGAUCACAAGUAAUCGGCUUCUUGUUAAGGUGAUGGAGAAUGUGAAAAAAACCAUCAUUUCUAAAGUCAGUGAAGUGAGGGAUAUGCUUGGAUUUAAUAUGGCUGGACUCCAGUUCCUAAAGAGAGAGAUAGAGGCAAAAGAUGAAGUAUCUUUUUUUGCUGACGCCACAGCCCAAUUUGAAGAGAAAAAGAGGAAGAGAAAGAAGAAACAGAAGCUGAUUCUUGCUAUGGUUUAACGGGGCAGACUGCGGGUAGAGGUUUUUGUUUGAAGAAGACUGGACUGCUUUCCAACAUGGAGGUGAUGGGUGUGGGAUGGAGAUAAGACAUUUUGUGGGAGAUUUAGUUAUGCCAGGCUAGGUUUUCACAAUUAAGUUCACCUUCUAUUUUCUGAAGCUUUUUUCUGAAUUCUGAUUUUGGUACCUACCCAAGAAUUACGAAGGCUUUGUGAAUUCACAUGAUUUUCAUAUCUCAUUCCAUUAAAAACCCCACAACUAAACAAAAAUCCAAAAAGCAAACAUUGGUUUGCCAUUUUAUAUUAACGAUACUAUUUACUAUGUCAGUGUAUAUAAUGUAACUUCAGCAUCCACAGAUUUGGGCAGCAACAAGGGGGUCCUGGAAGCAAACCCUAGCAGAUACAAAAAGGCCUACUGUAUUUAUGCUUUUAUGUAUGGUUUAGAAAUCUGUUCUGACUUAAUUUCACUUUUAAAAGUUUUGCAAUUAAAAAUAAAACCCAUUUAUUUUUUAA